GCAUGUGUUUAGAGCUCUACAACUUCAAUACCCACCCACCAAAAAGGGAAAGAAAAGGAGGAACCAUAAAAAUGGCUGAGGAACAGCAAAAAGCAGGUCACAGCAAUGGCGAAAACAUCAUUCCUCCUGAAGAAGUUGCUAAGUUCCUGCCUGAAACUGUUGAGGAAGGUGGAUGGGAAAAAUGUUGGGAAGACGGGAUAACACCAUGGGACCAAGGAAGAGCCACACCUCUCGUUGUCCAUCUUGUUUACUCUUCUUCUCUUCCUCUUGGCCGUGCUCUAGUCCCCGGCUGUGGCGGAGGUCACGAUGUGCCGAUGUGGUUGCGAUGGCAAGCCCCGAACGUUUCGUUGUUGGUUUGGAUAUUUCCGAAAGUGCCCUCGAGAAAGCUGCUGAGACUUACGCCUCCUCACCGAAGGCCAAGUACUUUACGUUCGUGAAGGAAGACUUCUUCACAUGGCGUCCUAACGAAUUAUUUGACCUCAUCUUCGAUUAUGUGGUCUUCUGUGCCAUUGAGCCUGAGAUGAGACCUGCAUGGGCUAAAUCCAUGUAUGAACUCUUGAAACCCGACGGCGAACUCAUAACUCUCAUGUAUCCGAUUACCGAUCAUGAUGGUGGACCUCCCUACAAAGUAGCUGUAUCUACCUACGAAGAUGUUUUGGUUCCCGUAGGAUUUAAGGCAGUGUCCAUCGAGGAGAAUCCAUACUCCAUUGCCACUCGUAAGGGCAAAGAGAAGCUUGGGAGGUGGAAGAAGAUCAAUUGAUCCAAGAAAGCUCUCUUACUCUUCACUAAGAGUAUUAUAUGAUAUUCUACUUAUCUAUUAAGAAUGAAUUGUGUUAGUUUACUUUAUCUGCAUUAUAUAAAGGUUGUAUUUCUGAAUGUGAUGAUUAUUCAACCCUUAAUAAUAAAAUAAUGUUUUGUGAUCCAUUUUAA